AUGUUUCAUGGCGUUAAUAAUUCAAUGGAAGGAGGAUACAUUGUUCCUUCUACAUCUGGAUAUCCUUUCCAACCACAAUCAUAUGGAUUUGUACAACAACCUCCAGGAACAAUUUCACAUUAUCCAAAUGGUCCUGCUAUAGUUUCUCCUGUAUAUUAUCUUCCUUCUAUAAGUCCUCCAUUACAACAAAUUAAUAGUACACCUUAUAUGAGUAAUUGUUUCACUAAUAACUCACAAACAAAUAUUUCGGAAUCAUCAGAUACAUCAAGUUCUUAUGAUAAAAAAAAUUUUGAACGUAUAACUUCAGUUAGUGAAAAUGAAUUUACUAAACCAAAUACUAAUACAAAAACAAAUUCAAUAGAUGUAGAAAAAGGUAACACUUCAUGUCAAAAUGGUUCACCAAUAGAUGAAAUGUCUAGUGCCCUCCUUGUGACAGAUCGUUUUGCAGUCAAACUUGAACCAAAUAAAUUUAUACAUGGUGUUCCAGCAACCAAGUGGUAUACAUUAAGUGAUGAAGAAAGAGAAGAAGUAUUACGUAAUCAACGUCGUGUAACUUCAUAUAAAACAGCUUUGUGUAUAUCAUAUCGUCUAAAAGGAGUAUGUUCAUUUGGUGAUAAUUGUCGUUUUGCUCAUAGUUUAGAAGAGUUAAAACCACCACCAGUUAGACAUCCAAAAUAUAAAACACAAUUAUGUGAUAAAUUUUCUGCUACAGGUAUUUGCCCAUAUGGAUCUAGAUGUAACUUUAUCCAUACAACUAAAUCUGGACAAAUUGUUUGUGAUUAUCCUAAGUAUUUAGCUGCUCUUCAGAGGGGAACUCUUGAUGAUGAGGAUAUUGAAUGCGAUGAUGAGGAGAUUCCUUUUGCUGCAUCAAUGAAUUCUAUUCCUAGAAAAUAUUCCUUUAAUCAAAAAAUUGAAUCAAAUACUGGUAAAAUAUUUAUGGAAAAACCAUCUCCUCAAGUAAUUAAUUUUUCAAAAUCAUUUGGAGCUCCUAUGUUAAAGACACUUUUUGAAAAAGGUAAAUUAUCAAAAAAUAAAAAGAAUGAAAAAUACAAUAAUCAAAUGGAGGGAGAAUCUAAAUGUUAUAUUGAUGGAUGUGAUAGAGGAUCUACAAUUUCAAGUCAUUCAAAAACAUCUUCAUCAACAUAUGAUUCAAUUUCAAUAUCUGAAAAAAGAGAAGAAGUUCAGGAGAGGAGUGUUCUUGAUAAAUUGUUUGUUGAAUCUCGUAGAUUUAGUAGUACCAACAAAAAAUUUAUAAAAAAAAAAUUUAUGAAUUAUAAUGAAGAUUUGAAAGAGGAAGAUGACAAUUUUCUUCCAGGUUCUAUGUCUUAUACUAAUGGUUAUUGGAAAAAGAAUAACUUUCAUUCUCGUAAUAAUGGUUAUUAUUCACAAUCAAAGGUUCCUACAUUUCUUAAAUUUGAUAAUCUUUAA